AUGACGCAGCACGUCAUCGUCUCAGGCUACGCCGACAAGUCCCAACUGCUCGUCGGCGGCUGGUCCCAGGGCGGUUAUCUGUCCUACCUGUCGUCUGCUCAGCUCGUGGGAACCGCGCCAUGGAGGACCAAGAAAGAUGAUGUAAGCACGCGGACUGGAUCCGCGCUCUGCGAGUUCAAGGGGGCUGCCGAGGCGGGUACAAUUCCUCCCAUGUUGAUUUUGCACGGCGAGAAGGACGGGCGAGUGCCCAUUACUCAGGCGUGGGGCUUUAGGAGGGCCCUCGAUGAGGCCGGGCUACCUUUUGAGUUCGUCACUUACCCGCGGGAAGGACACCAUUUCACGGAGCGGAAGCACAUUGAAGACCUGCUGGAGAGGGUGAUGCGCUUCGUUCGAGCACAUCUCGAUCCGGUUUCUGGAACUUGACAUCACGGAUUUGCAUAUACUAUCAUGGCGAGAGUUCCGAGUGAAGCGAAAGCUUUUCAAUUUAUCUGCGAGCCAUCGUGGUCAUCAUAAGACUAACCACCUCUGUGACCUAAGGUAAAUAAAUAACUUUACUCCUCAUCGGCUCCAGUCGCCUUGCCAGAAAAGCAG